AUGAUCUCCAAGGCGCUCAUCUGCCUGGCGCUCGCGUCGUCGACGCUAGGAGCCGUCAUCAAUGCACCUGCCCAUAUCCCAGACGCCUUCAAGGCCGCAGGCACUGCUCCGGACAGCCAACCGGUCACAAUCACCCUGCACCUCAAAGAGGCCGACAUGCCCGGCUUGACGACGCGCAUGCAACAGAUCGCCUCCUCUGGCGGUGCCUGGCUCACCCCGGAUCAGCUGGCCCAGUACGUCACGCCGACGCCGACGACGACGAGCGCCGUCAAGAGCUUCCUCACUAGCGCCAAGGUCCCAGAGAGCGCUGUUUCAUUCAACAGCUACGGCGACAUUGCCACCGUCACGACCACCGCCGGCACACUCAAAACGCUCUUCCCUAGCACUGACUUUACGCUGUACAACUACCUCUCCAACACCAUCGUCCGAACAACAUCGCUCACCAUCCCUGACUCCAUCUUCGGCGCUAUCAGCCACGUUGGCGGCCUGCUCGAGUUCCCCCAGAUCAUGCAUUUUGCCCCGGCCUCGCUCGAGCGCGUCAAGGCAGACCUUCUCGACAAGCGCGCCGACAUAACCGACUGCGACAGCUCGCACGUCACGCCCUCCUGCCUGCGCCAUUACUACGGCACAUACAACUACAAGCCCGACUCAUCCAAGCUGGGCAAUCCGGACAUCACCGUCAUGGGCUACAUUGGUCAGUAUGUCUCGCAGGCGGAUCUCGCCGCCUUCCUGGCCAAGUACCGCCCGGAUGCGGCCAACUACAACAUUCCCAUCGUCCUCGCCGCCGGCGGCAUCAACGACCCGACCAACCCAGGCGUCGAGGCGAUGCUCGACGUUGAGACGGUCGUUGCGGCGACCUACCCACUGAAAUCGAACUUCAUAUCCUUCGGCACGCCCAACGACGCCGAUGAUAUUUUUGCGCAGACAUUCGACUACCUCCGCGUCUCGGACCACCGCCCGUCCGUCGUCACCAUCUCGUACGGCGCCGACGAGAAGGGCUUCAGCCAGCCGCAGGCAGAGGCCAUGUGUAACUCGGCCCAAAAGCUAAGCGCCCUCGGCACCACUAUCGUCAUCAGCUCGGGCGACAGGGGCAUUGAUGGCUCCGGCAUCACCAACAACGAUGUCUGCCUCGCAACCGCCCUCUCCCCCUUUAUCCCAACCUACCCUGGCGGCUGCCCCUACGUCUCGUCCAUCGGCGCGACGCAGGGAUUUCCAGAGGUGAUGGUCAGCGCGACGAUCCCCGACGUGGAUGGCUUCUUCAGCGGUGCCGGACGCUCGAACAUGUUCCCUAUCCCGUCGUUCCAGUCCAAGCAGGUCGCCACAUCGGACUCAUUGCUCAAACCGCUGCAGACGCCCCCCGGGUCGUAUAACAAGACGGGGCGCUCGUUCCCAGACUACGUUGCCGCAGGCCUCAACUACGCGGUCAUCGUCAAAGGCCAGGAGGAGCUUGUCGGCGGGACGAGCGCGAGCGCGCCGACGACCGCAUCGGUCUUUGCGCUGCUCAACAAUGCUCUUCUCAGCGCGGGAAAGUCAACGCUUGGCUGGAGCCAGCCGCGGCUGUACCCGCUUGCGAGUAGCGCGUUCAACGACAUCCAGAGCGGCGGCUCCUAUGGCUGCGCCCUCUCUAGCAGCGUCACGCCUAUCGGCUUCCCCGCCCACUUGGGAUUCGACGGCGCCAGCGGCAUCGGCUCGCCUCGGUUCGAGAGCAUCCGCUCCGCCCUCGGCGCAUGA